ACGGCCGAGGUAGCUCCUGCUUGUUUUGUUUCACGGUUGCACGCGAUAGGAGAUACUAUACCGGUCGACGGAGCUUCCUCCGAGUUCGCGGGAGCACGAGUGAUAAUGUGCAAAAGGACUGACACAAGUGCACCAGUUGGAUUUCAAAGGGGGACGCUGUGAGAGGUCACUUUUGUACGUAUUAACGACGCCCGAGGUCGUGGAGGAGGAGAAGGGGACUUGGACGCAGCAGACACAGUUCGGCCGAGGUGCUGGAAUCGCAAGGUGGCAGGGUCGUCGCAUGGGGCUCGUAAGCGGCAGCGAGCGUCGUCAAGGCGGCCGCAGCUCAUCCGAUGCACGAGACGGGGGAGCGCCACCACCACGUGAGAUCGGCCGCGACGGCAAAGGGGGCUAGCUCGAGGAUGGCAUGCGAGAAGGCCUCGCGCCGGCUACGGGCGACCCUGCUGAAGGCCGAGAGACUGGGGCUCAGCGCCGGCGAGCUGGCCCAAUUGUCCGCGGCCAAGAGGAUCGUCGCGCAGAGGCAACACGACUGGAGGAUGGGCCUCCUGCUGCUGUUGCUCUUCAUGUUUGGCGGGGGGCUCAUCGUCGCCCUCUUUUGCACGAGGGGCGGGGCCUCCUCUUGCUCCAAGAUCGAGGACAUUAAUUUGGCGACCUAGCCGACGGAGAGCCACCAGCGCUACACCCCAUUGUCCCCGUGAGGGCAGAUAACCCACCCCCUCCUCGUGGGAGGAAGGAAUUAUUCAGCGCGACGGAGCCGGACAUCGUCGGCGACUACGACUUGGUACACACUGCAUGCAUAUAUACGCGAGAGAUCGGAACAACGGCGGAGAGCUGUGUGCGGUAUAUGACGUGCCCAAGGACGGCGAGUAAGGGCUCCAGACGAAAUGAGACUCGCGAGAUUGUGUACCCAAGUGUGUGCACAUGUAGAGUUGUGUGCGUGGGUGACGACGGCUCCUCCUCGCCAUAUAUAUACCGGGACUGUGCGAAGCAGGAGCCAAGCGCUUCCAUGCAAAGUAAAGGGGAAAGGUGCAAACCGGCUGGGACAGCAGUUUCCGAUCGACGCUGCGUUUUUGUCCCUCCCCCCCGCCCUCUUUUCAGCU